AUGUCUGAAGGUGAAGCAAGGGCUGCGAAGAGUGUAGCUAAGAAAUCUAGAAGGAGAAAGAAGAGAAGAACGGUCGAUGUAUCCGAUUCUUCCAGCUCGGAUUCAAGCUCAGAUAAUGAGUCGGGACGGGAGACUAAGGCAGUAGAGGUGGAGGAAGAAGAUAUUCAACUGACUGAUGACGAAGUCGCUGUAGAAGAGAAAAUGGCAUUCGAUGUUGUUGAGACCUUAGACGAUAAGGCGAAGGAUAAAUUGAAUACAAUACCAUUUACUACAACAGAACUUACAGAGAGAAACGAUUAUAACAAGGGGCAAUCGGCAGAUCUAACCAAGGUCAAACAAAGUUUGCAAGAGGAUAGACAAAAAUUAGGUACAGCACUGAACAACAUGGCAGAGGAAAAGAACAAGUACUUGGGCCUUAUGUUUGAAAACUACGGAGAAGAUAUCAAUUCGUUGAGGGAAGCACCCGAUUUUACGAAUAAGUCACUUAUAAUGUUGGCCAAUGUGCUUAAGGAUGGGACAGGCAUGUUUGAUGUAGAUACUUUAAAGACUAUACUGAAUUAA